UUUGUUGGGGACUUGUGUCGUUUUGGGUUGUUUUUUAUUCUUCUUUUGGGAACAAUGGCCCGCACGAAGCAGACGGCUCGCAAGUCCACUGGCGGGAAGGCGCCUCGCAAGCAGCUGGCGACCAAAGCCGCCCGGAAGAGCGCCCCGGCCACCGGCGGAGUGAAGAAGCCUCACCGCUACCGGCCGGGCACCGUGGCGCUGCGCGAGAUCCGCCGCUACCAGAAGUCGACGGAGUUGCUGAUUCGCAAGCUGCCUUUCCAGCGCCUGGUGCGCGAGAUCGCGCAGGACUUCAAGACGGACCUGCGCUUCCAGAGCUCGGCCGUGAUGGCUCUGCAGGAGGCGAGCGAGGCUUACCUGGUGGGCCUGUUCGAGGACACCAACCUGUGCGCCAUCCACGCCAAGCGCGUCACUAUCAUGCCCAAGGACAUCCAGCUCGCCAGGCGCAUCCGCGGAGAGAGGGCCUGAGAAGGGCUCGCCCGCCCUCACUCCUGCGUCCCCAGGACACGAACCACAAAGGCUCUUUUAAGAGCCACCACAUGGUCUUAGAAAAGAGCUCGCACGAUGCUAAAUUACCUCUUGCAGCUGACGCUGCCCAAUUAAUCUGCGGGUUUUCUAAUUGUCUUUAGUAACUAUGCACUAACUACGUUGAAAAACUGCAUUUAAAAGUUCUAUGUUAAGCCUUUUUUAAACUUCAGGGUAGAUACCUCAUUUAUUUCCUGCUGAGAGGAGAAAAUUUAUCCUUGGAACUU